AGCAACACGGGGCUCCCUUGCAAUUCCCUCUCUGCGUAGGCGUAUAUGUCCACACCCCCUUUUGCAUGUAUAAGUGAUUUAGCUCAUUACAUUUCUACACUGCCUCUGCUAAGGUUUGUUGUUGAAUUUGCCAGUCGCAGUUUCCCUGCUUCUCCUGCGUUCACAGAUUUACUUGCAAGUGAGCCAGCUUGGCAGUGAAUGAUUGACAGCUCGGAGGUACGAGCGCGAGCUCCGGGCUGCCUGCAGCAUCGCCAUUGCUGCGGCCCCUCGGUCAGAGCGGCGACAGCUGAGAGAGAGAGAGAGGGAGAGGGGGGUGUCACGGCCACCGCACGCAGUCUGACAGACACAGGGAAUGUUCGCCGUUGCUGGAAUGACCGGAAGCAACAUGGCAAAUGCUCUGGCUAAUGCCAUGUGCGAACGAUGCAAAAGUGGCUUCGCACCAGCGGAAAGAAUUGUGAACAGCAAUGGAGAAUUGUAUCAUGAGCAGUGUUUUGUAUGUGCUCAGUGCUUCCAACAGUUCCCAGAAGGGCUGUUCUAUGAGUUUGAAGGACGCAAAUACUGUGAGCAUGAUUUUCAGAUGCUUUUCGCACCCUGUUGUCAUCAGUGUGGUGAGUUCAUCAUUGGCCGAGUGAUUAAAGCCAUGAACAAUAGUUGGCAUCCGGAAUGUUUUUGCUGUGACCUCUGCCAACAGAUUCUUGCAGAUAUUGGAUUUGUGAAGAAUGCUGGCAGGCACCUCUGCCGCCCAUGCCAUAACCGUGAAAAGGCCAGGGGUCUGGGGAAAUAUAUCUGUCAGAAAUGUCAUGCUAUUAUCGAUGAACAACCACUUAUAUUCAAGAAUGACCCUUAUCACCCUGAUCAUUUCAACUGUGUAAACUGCGGAAAAGAGUUGACUGCUGAAGCUCGAGAGCUGAAAGGAGAACUGUAUUGCUUGCCUUGCCAUGAUAAAAUGGGUGUUCCCAUUUGUGGUGCUUGCCGAAGACCAAUUGAAGGACGCGUGGUCAAUGCAAUGGGCAAGCAGUGGCAUGUGGAGCAUUUUGUAUGCGCCAAGUGUGAGAAACCUUUUUUGGGUCAUCGUCACUAUGAAAGGAAGGGAUUGGCUUACUGUGAAACACACUAUAAUCAGCUUUUUGGUGACGUUUGCUACCACUGUAAUCGUGUGAUUGAAGGUGAUGUUGUAUCUGCUUUGAAUAAAGCUUGGUGUGUUAACUGCUUUGCCUGUUCAACUUGCAACACCAAGCUGACGCUCAAAAACAAAUUUGUGGAGUUCGAUAUGAAGCCUGUUUGUAAGAAAUGUUAUGAGAAAUUUCCUCUGGAGCUGAAGAAAAGGCUGAAGAAACUGGCUGAAAGUGCUGGACGGAAAUAAGGAAUCAAAAGAUUAACCGUCAAUUUCCAUGCUUUCUGUAUUCAAAAUUAUUUCUAAAUACAGUAAAACUCAGAUAAUCCACCAACAGAUUAUUCCAAAAUCCUGUUGGUUCAAUAUCUGGCUCACAGAGGCCCUGGUUCCUCUGCUCCCUUUUAAACUCAUUAGCAGUUUUACUAUAUACUCUAUUGACCUGUUAUUAGAUUAAUAUCCUAAAUUCAAAUGAUUUAAAUUAAAAGUUUACCACAGAAGAUCAGUUUUGAUUUUAACUUUGCAGAGCCAUGUCCAUUUGUUCAAUUUAAUAUUUUAAUAAAAGUAAUCCAUGUUUGAAGGUUGCUCCCCCCUCGCCUUGUGAUACCACCCAAGUAUAACCAGGCUGGUUAAAUUAAAUGGUCUACUUGCAUAUUAUACUAUUCCCUGAUCCUCAAGGAAUUACGGAAAUUACAAUAUUGUACAAUAUUACAAUACAUGAUCCAGCCACCAUCUGUUUUGCAUAUUGUAUUAUUCGUGGUGAGACUGAGUUUGUGAAUACACUGGAAGAACCCAAAUCUCACUACUCUGACAUAAUAUAACACAUUGCACCAUGUUGCCAUCUCUGAAAGUGGUGAAUUGGAUUGUUUUUCUAAAAUGGUACUUCAUAACUGUAUUUUCUAAAGGUUUUGGUACAUGCUGUUAAGCCUCCAUAUAUAAGGCCAGCAAAUGAAAACAAAUUUACAACAGAGGGAAUUAAUAUAUAAUCUGUUCAUGCAUGUAGAAACAAAGCUUACCAUUUGGCAAACCAAAACAUCUUGAUGCGAUGUAAAAUGCUCUGAUUUGCAGCAUGUAACAAUAUAUUUUAAUAUAUUUUCACGCUGUGCUUACACUACAUCAAAUCAAUGCUUCUGUCACUCCACUAAAGGAAAUGAAUUUAUUGACUUAUAGACAUGAGGUGCAAAUUAAAGAAAGGCACAGUUCCACAUUCCUUCAUUAUGUACUCUGCUAGAUGUAUUGAUUGACAUAUAUCAAAAUGUAUUCUAAUCUUCACUAUUUUUGUACAGUUUGUAAGCAAUUUAAGCUAUCAAUUACAAGACAACGCAUCAUUGAGAAAUAACUGGAAAAUGUUGUGCAUGAAUGCUUGUACUCAGAAUCAAUGACCAACUUCAAAACAUGCAUGAAUUAUGCAUUUGGUAAAAUUUAAUUUUGAAAACUAUUAUAAAGUAAAACAACAUCUAAGUAGUUGAAGCAGGUGGUGAUUACAUCAACUGUCAUAUAGUGGCUUCCUUGUAUAUUACUGAUUUACUCACAUUAAUAUAAGAAGAUGCUGUAACAACAGCUGCAGUACUCAGAAAUUAGUUCUGUUUGCAUGUUUUUAAAUUGUACAAUUUAUUGCUUUUCUUAACAUAUUUAGCAUGGUAGAUACUACAAUACAACUCCUAAGGAAUAAAUCCAAUUGUUUCCCUACAUGUACUUGAAAGCAAAACUGGUCAACUGCUGCGUUUAUAUUUUUAAUGCUCUUGUGGAAAGUAUACUAAACUCUCCAGGGAAACUUAAUUGCUGAAAGAAAGUGGACUGGUAGAUAUAUAGAACAUUUGUUCUUGUGCCUCUCAAUUGGAGGUGCUUGAAAAACCAUAAUGGAUGCAAAUCUUGUACUAUUUUAAAGUUUAAUGCGAUUACCCAAACUACUGGACAUGCUAUCAGUAUGUAGUGACUUCCUUUUCUUUUGGUUUUUAUUGCAUUUGAAUAUACUAAUUGUAAUAAAUGCUGGUGCUACGUGACGAGAUGUGGUAAAAUCGGAAAAUAAGUUCAUCUCAAUAAUUAGUUUUCUAAUUGCCCACAUACAUUCUAGUGAAGUAGUCAUGUCAUGAAAUGUCGUCAAAGCAUUAAGUUCUUGAAAACUAAAGAUAUUUGUCCAGUUGGGUGUUUGGGGAAGUGCAUACUGAAUUUAUUUUCUCAUUAAAAGAAUGUAUUUUUUUUGUGUGUAUCGCCAUACAGUACCCUAGUAUUCAGUAUUAUAUAAUAAAAUAUAUAUUGUGA